AGACGAGACAUGAUGCGUUUCCUAUUUUCACCGCCUUCUCUCUCUAAACCGAUGAGAGAGAGAGAGAGAGAGAGGGAGAGAGAAGUAGGUUGCUUUUGUGUUGAAUAACCAACCUCAUCGGAUCCGAUCACAAUGGCCACCGAAACCAAACCUAUGAAGCCCGGCCGAGAUGGCUCUACACCCAAAACUAAAUUCGAUUCAUCUGUUAUCAAAAACACCCAAUCCAUCGAUUCCAGACAUAAAAUAUCCACCAUCGCAUCUAAAAAUGAGGAGCUUGUUGGUUUUGAUAAUGAAGGCUAAAGGGAAGUCAAUUAUUGUGACUUCUUCCAAGACCAAGACAGUAACAACCGCGGUUAAAACAACAAGAGAAAAGAAAGUUUAUUCCUUGCCUGGACAGAAGUUUGAUCUUCCGGAAGAGCGAGAACCUCUCCGGAUCUUCUAUGAGUCCUUGUCCAGACAGAUACCUUCUAGUGAAAUGGCAGAGUUUUGGAUGAUGGAGCAUGGCAUGUUGUCACCCGAGAGGGCAAAAAGGGCAUUCGAGAAAAAGAAGAGGAAGCAAAAGGAAAUACGAAUAGGAACACCCGUCAAGUCUCCACCACCAAGUAGAGCCCAAACUUCGAAACAGCUAAGUAGAGGUGAAACUUCAAAACAGCUAUCCUCACAAAGUAGAGGUGAAACUUCAAAACAGCUGUCCUCACAAAGUAGAGGUGAAACUUCAAUGAGGCCACAACCCCUUCCCGUAUCAAAGAAUGGGGAUGCAAAACGAACUGAUGAUGACGACGAUGAAGAUAAUUUCACAUUGAGCCACAAGAGGAGGAAAGGUUAAUCACUUCCUCCAAAUACGUCUUUAUAGAUUGCUUAACUAUAUAUUUCAUUUCAUACUUCCUUGUUUAUUUUCGACCAAGAUACCUAGAAUUAUUAUGUAUGGAUUGAUUCAAACCUUUAUUUGAAUAACUAUUCAUUUUAAUGUUCAUUAUGCUUCU